GAUAGCAGUAUCACCAAUCACGAUGGCACACUCUUAUUCAGCAGCAAUUCAAGAAGUCCCUCUCGUUCUGAUCGGGAAGCAAUGGGUUCCACACAAUAUAUAUAAAGACAGCAGACCGUAGUAAUAAUGUCUUAUCCCACACGUAAAAUUGGCAAUAGCGAUGUUUCAGCCAUAGGCUUUGGUGCCAUGGGUAUCUCUGCUUUUUAUGGCGCCGUCGAAUCUGAUGAAGAGCGCUUCAAAGUCCUGGAUGCAGCUUAUGCGAAAGGUUGCACCUUCUGGGACUCUGCAAAUAUAUAUGGAGAUAGCGAAGUGCUCCUUGGAAAAUGGUUCAAGCGGACGGGAAAACGGAACGAAAUCUUCCUGGCCACUAAGUUUGGUGUUGAUCGUAAUUCAGGAAGACCUGCUGGUGUCAAUGGAGAGCCUGAACAGGCAAAAAUCCAGUUUGAAAAGUCUAUUUCGCGGCUGGGUGUGGACUUUGUAGAACUGUACUACCUCCAUAGACCUGACCCUGACGUUCCCAUCGAGCUAACUGUCGGCGCUAUGGCUGAACUGGUAAAAGCUGGCCAGGUAAAGUACCUUGGUCUCUCUGAAUGCUCGUCUGCCACUCUUCGUCGUGCCCAUGCGGUGCAUCCAAUUGCUGCGGUGCAACUCGAGUAUUCGCCUUUCACGCUUGAUAUUGAAGACGAAAAACUUGCUGUGCUCAAGACCGCUCGCGAACUUGGCAUCAAGAUCAUAGCAUAUUCACCUUUGGGCCGUGGUUUGAUCACCGGUCAAUAUAGGUCUCCAGAUGACUUUGAGAAAGAUGACUUCCGAAGACUUGUUCCACGUUAUUCGAAGGAGAACUUCCCCAAUAUUCUCAAACUCGCCGACAGUCUGAAGGAAGUCGGUGCUGCUUAUAAUGCUACUGCCGGUCAAGUUGCCCUUGCCUGGCUUCUUGCUCAAGGCGACGAUGUUAUUCCCAUUCCAGGUACCAAGAAAAUCAAGUAUUUGGAAGAAAACCUCAGUGCUGCCUAUGUUAAGCUUAGUCCUGAAGAUAUCCAGAAAGUACGUGCUAUUGCGGAGAAAGCAGAUUGGGCCCAGGGAGAUCGCUAUCCUCCUGCCUCUGUGAAGACUCUGUUCGGGGACACUCCUGAGUUGAAGUAGGUACAAUUUUUGUGGAAGAGGCAAUGCAAUAGAAGUCUUGCCCUUGGGUGGUCAAAAGGAGUUUGUUUUUCGUUUUUGAUGUAAUGUUAGCGAUUAUUAGGCCCUUUCAGAGUACACUGUCAGUAAGGCCAUAUACUUAUACUCUCCCUUACUGGCGUUCCUGUUGGGAUUCGAGAAUGUAUGAAUUUGGUUAUGACUAGGGCAUGAUGGGAACAACUAAGUAAAUACAGGUUUUGUAGUUGUACUUAUAUACUAUCUAUAGUAUUCCUAUGAGUAUUCCUAUGUAGGUAAUGAUGUCACAGUCAAUGUAUGAUGACAA